CGGCACCGCCUCAGAUUAGACGCACAUAUGAUGUUCCUGCCAAAUUAACCUCUAUAUCGAAAUCAAAUGAGGAAGAGAGACAGAGCACGAGCCAUACUGUUUCUAUAGGCGCUCGUGUGUUCGUGACUGUGAUCAAAUAUUGACUGAGAGAGCGUCGCGAGCGGCUUGUUUUUACGGGGAAAUCAGGAAUGUUCCUUCCGCUUCCCAAGAAAAAAACGAAACGGAAGUUAAACUGGUAGGCCCCUUUGUGUGGGGGUCAUCUUCCCCUUAGCUGGUGUCCAUCGAGUACAAGACCAACACUUCCGGUUCCCUGAAGCCCUGCCUUCUGGAUCAAGUUCACAGAAAGUGGUGCGAUCUGUUUUCAGCUGUGGGGGGAAGUGAAGGGGCCAGAAUCCCAGCGUGUCCUGUUUCCCAGACAAUGAAGCUGCAGGCGGUGAUGGAGAACCUGCACAGACAGCAGAGAGCCAAACUGCUGAUGGAGCAGGUGGGGCAGUCACACAGCCCCGCCCCCAUAGGGGAGGAGCUGAAAACAAUCUCCGCCUCUGAAACCGAGCAUGCGCAGAUGGCAGCGCUGGCAGCAAUGCGCGCAGUAGCAGCUGGACUUCAGAGGGCCGACAGCCCCAUGUCUGAGCACAGCAGUGGAGGAGAUGACGAUGAUGAAGAGGAAGGGGAGCAAUACAAAGAUAUGAUGGGGUCUGAGGAGGAAGAGCAGAUAAAACAGAAAUGGGAUGAAGAUGACUUUGAGGGUGAGAUGGAGGAAGAUUAUGAUGACGAUCUAGGUGAUGAAGGGCUGCCGUCGGGCCGUGAGGCCGUCACCCCAGGCAGAGGCAUCCUCCUCUUACCCCACCGCCAUUUACACCCUCACUCCCAGCUGCUAAAGGCUCGGCCUGGUUCUGAGAGCGAACUGCGGCCGCUGACUCACUCCGCUCAUUCAUCCCACGGGCCACUCCAUGGACAGGACCAUGCAGACUGGACCUAUGAGGAGCAGUUCAGACAGCUCUAUGAACUAGACAGCGACCCGAAGAGGAAGGAGUUCCUGGAUGAUCUGUUCAGCUUUAUGCAGAAGAGAGGGACGCCAGUGAACAGGAUUCCCAUCAUGGCCAAGCAGGUGCUGGACCUCUACAUGCUGUACCAGCUGGUGACAGAGAAGGGGGGGCUGGUGGAGGUCAUAAAUAAAAAGUUGUGGAGGGAGAUCACGAAGGGCCUGAACUUGCCGACCUCCAUCACCAGCGCUGCCUUCACUCUCAGAACACAGUAUAUGAAGUAUCUGUAUCCUUACGAAUGUGAGAAGAGGGGUCUCAGCAACCCCAACGAGCUGCAGGCUGCCAUCGACAGUAACCGGCGAGAGGGACGCAGACAUAGCUUUGGCAGCUCGCUCUUCACCUAUUCACCCAACGGGACACCCACAAUGCUCACCUCUCCCAAACUCUCCAUGCCACCCAUGGGCAUCGCCCUGCCCAGCAAUGGAGCCACGGUCUCAUCCUUACAUAAAAUGAAGAAAGAGGAUGAUGGAGUUCAGGCCCGUCUGCCAAUGUCUCUGGCCACUCAUUCACUAGCUGCGGCCCAGGCUGCAGCUGCGCAGGCGGCCACCAUCGCACAGGUAGCUGCGCUGGAGCAGCUGCGGGACAAGCUAGAGUCCGGUGAGCCCCCGGAGAAGAAGAUUGCACUACCACUGGAGGACCACCAGCGGCUACUGCAGAGAGCCCUUCAGCACAACCUGCUGGCCAUGACGGCACAGAUCCCCAUGAACAUCCGCAUCAACAACCAAGCCUGUUUGCAUCUUCACGACUGCUGGCAAACUCUGGAGGUCACGUUCUCCAUGAGCCUCGCAAAAGUUGCUGAGGUACAGCUUGAGCAGCUUGAAGGUAAAUUCCUCGAUCCUUCAUUUGGGAUCAAGCUUGCAGCCUUUGCUUUCGCAGCCGAGAUCCUUAACCGUCAAACUGUUAAUGCAUAUAACUCUGUUAUUCAGUUGCUAUCUUAA